AUGCUUGCUGGUAUAGCAGCUAUUCAAUCUCCAUUGUUAACAGUUACAUCAUCUCCGACAACGUCGAAUGACGAUAACAACAACAGCAGUAUUAAAGAUGAAUCAAAUGAAUCGAUGUCAUCUGACGAUAAAUCGAGUAUAUUCAGUGAAAAAGAUCUGUCGAAUACAUCUGAAUCAGGUACGUUCAGAGUGCAAAAAACACAAAAGAACAAACCUUGUUUAUUAUUGGAUGGUCAUCGUUACAAGCAGCGUCGUACAAAUUUAGAUGGUAGUGUGUCGUGGACUUGUACACAUGAAUUAUGUAGUGCAAGUGUUCGUACAUACCAAGAUUGUGUAGUACGACGUAAUGAUGAUCAUUUACAUGAUCGUAUUAUUCGCGUUGAUCCCGGUCAUGAAUUUUUAGCUAGAUUGAAAAAACGGGCCUAUGAAGAUACCUUAACAAUACCACGAAUAUACGAUGAAGAAGUUCAAAAUUCAAUCAAUAAACACGGUAAAGAUAUUGAAAAACAAUUACCAACAUUUAGUUCCGUCAAAUCAACAUUGUAUCGUCAUCGUCAAAAGAAACAAAAAUCACAAACUCAAACUUCACCAAUAAUUUAUCCAUCACCCGUAUCGGACAAAAGAUCAACAUCUCCAGCAAUAUCAUCAUUACCAUUAAAAAAACGAUUCAAAACAAACAACCUCACUGUCACAGUUGAUCCAACAUCUACAUCAACAAAUUUACAACAUAAUAUCUCUCCAUCAAAUAAACGACAUAAACUACAACAUCCUCAGCGUUCACCAACAAUUUGGCAACAAAAAAUGUAUAAUACAUCACUCAACAGCAACAAUAAUAACGAUAAUUAUCAUUUCAAUACACAACAAAAUAUUCUAUUGAAUCAGAAUCAACAACAACCAAAUACGUUCUCAAAUGCAUAUCAAUAUUUAUGUUUUCAAAACUAUUUGGCAGCAAAAAUGAAUGAUAAUAAUAAAGAACAAAAUUUUUCACUAUUGAAUACGCUUAAAGCGAAUAAUUUAACAGAACAAAUACAACAGUUACAGGCACUUCAAUAUUUUCAAAUGAAAACAUAUUUGAAAAAUGAAGCAGCUAAAGUACGUCAUCAAACACAGAAAGAAUAUCGUCAAACAUUGCAUAAUAGCAAUCUUUUUCCUGUUAUGAAUUUACAUUAUGAUAGUAAGAAGAAAAAUAGUGAAGAAAUCGAUGACGAUAUUAAAGAACCAUCGUUAAUUAUUGAUGAACGACGACAAUAUGAUGAAUAUGAAAAUCAAUUAUCAACAGUUAAAAAACGUUCAUCAUUUAAUGAUACGAUGACACAGCAACAAUCAGCAUUACGUGAACGUUGCAGUAAUACAACAAUGUUGCCAUUAGAUUUAAGUGUUGUUAAAAUAAAAAAACAAGAAUCAGAUUAA